AUGGAAUUCUCAGGCCCGGAGCCCGAGCUUCAACCAGUCAAACUGGAUGCCGACUCACACCUCCCGGACUUUCAACGACUUGGAAAGCAGCUUUUCUACUAUGUACCCUCGACGCCAGCAGCGGAGACCCAAUCAUGCAAAUCGACAAAGGGACCAGACCUUCUCAUUGUCUGCUCUUGGAUGGGAGCAUCAUCACGAAAUGUGCGAAAGUACCUUUCGACAUACCAGACUUUAUUUCCAGCUACUCCAAUCCUACUUCUCAAGCAAGAUGGAGGUGAUUUCUUUUGGCGCUCGAAGAGCACUCUAGCUGAAAACGUACAACCCGCUGUAUUGGUUAUUAAGGACAUCGUUGAGGCAAAGAGGACAGAGAGCCCGAGGAUACUCGUGCAUCUCUUUUCCAACGGCGGAGCUUUCAGUGCUAUCAAUCUCACGACUUCAUAUCACACUUCAAUGGGCGAGCAUGUACCGAUUUCAGCACUCAUUCUCGACAGCACUCCAUCGCUUCCAGAUCCCAGACGUGCGCAUGAGGCAAUAUCUGAAUCGCUACCAAGAUCGGGUCCAUUUCGCCUCCUAGGGCAGGCUGCGCUGUGGGCGUACAUUGGAGGUGGCAUUACGAUUGACAGCAUCUUUCGAACCGAAAACGUUACCCUGUGGCUGAGAAGGAUGCUGAACGAUCCACAAGGUGCAUUCAUGCAGGGUGAUCUCAAGCGAGUCUACAUAUAUUCCAAAGCCGACAGAUUGGUGCCUUGGGCGGAUGUAGAAGCCCAUGCAAGGGAUGCUGAGGCAAUCAUCGGACCGGCGAGGGUUCAGCUGGAGGAUUUCAUAACAAGCAGACAUGUUGGACAUAUCCUUGUGGACGGACCGAGGUAUUGGAAUAUUGUGGUCGACUUUUGGAAGGAGACUAUGAAUGGCUGA